AUGACUGAAAUCCGCCGAAAGCUCGUUAUCGUUGGUGAUGGUGCCUGUGGAAAGACCUGUCUCCUCAUCGUCUUCUCCAAGGGAACUUUCCCCGAGAUUUAUGUUCCCACUGUCUUUGAGAACUACGUUACAGAUGUUGAGGUCGAUGGCAAGCACGUCGAGCUCGCACUUUGGGAUACCGCCGGCCAGGAGGACUAUGACCGUCUCCGCCCCCUUUCCUAUCCCGACUCGCAUGUGAUUCUUAUCUGCUUCGCCAUCGAUUCGCCCGACUCGCUCGAGAACGUCCAGGAGAAGUGGUUCUCCGAGGUCCAGCACUUCUGUGGCGGUCUCCCCAUCCUGUUGGUUGCCUGCAAGAAGGAUUUGAGAUACGAUCAGCGCACCAUCGAGGAGUUGAGGAGGAUCAACCAGGCUCCCGUCUCCCCUGAACGUGGUGCUGAGAUUGCUCGUCAUAUCAAAGCCAGGGAUUACCUUGAGUGCUCUGCCAAGACUGGAGAGGGUGUUCGUGAAGUCUUUGAGGGAGCUACCCGAGCAUCCUUGUUGGCCAAGCCCAAGGGUGGUCGUGGCAAGAGCAAGACCUGCCUUGUUCUCUAA